GGAAACUGCAUCGGAGGAGUAUUUCCUGCUCGAUGAUUGAAGGUUUCUUCAUAAGAUUCCUUCUUUCACUGUGUACUUCUCCGAAAUUGCUGGUAUCAUCAGACUGGUCAUGGUCAUGGCCUUGACCAAGAGGAUCCCGACCUUUCUUCUAAGGCUUACAGCCAUGGCUGCGACCAUUUCUGCAACCAUUGUCAUGGCCACAAGCCAUGACUCUUCUACUGUCUUGAACCUCAAGUUUGAUGCCAAGUACACCAACUCGCCCACAUUCAAGUUCUUUGUGAUCAGCAAUGCAAUUGCCAGUGGGUACACUCUCAUAACUCUCUUUCUCCCCUCCAAGAGCUCCUUUUGGCGCUUGGUUCUGGUACUAGAUCUGGUUAUAUUGUGCUUGCUAGUUUCGAGCAUAUCGGCAGCUCUAGCAAUCGGUUAUGUGGGGAAGAAAGGGAACAGCCAUGCCGGAUGGCUGCCGAUUUGCAAUCAAGUUCCCAAGUUCUGUGAUCAUGUCACCGGUGCUCUCUUCUCCGGCUUUGCUGCAGCCAUAAUAUACUUUCUCCUUCUUCUCUACUCUCUCCACAAUGUCAUCAAUCUUCUCAGUACUGCUCAAGGAUAGAACUUAGAUCCAUAAGCAGUUUGCUGUUUCCUCUGCUUAAUGUAAUUAUUAAUAUUUGGCUGUAUUAUAUAUACAUACACACA